UUGGAAGUAUCUUCUUGUGGGCGGCGACGCCAAUAACGAAGUCGCUCAAACUCAAGCAGCUUGAACAGCAGUCAGAUGCAGACUGUAGUGCACUAUAGCGGGGACGAGUGGUGUUAAUGUUCUCAUGCCGCUCGCGUCUCUUUCACAUUAUAGGCGUGUAGAUAUCACAGACUGUAACUAAUUGUGGAUUGUAAAUGAAGAAUAUACAUCACAACAUUAGGCACCGACUUAUCACAAUGGAAAGCCAGAUGACUCGCUGUAAGGUUGUUGUGGUUGGGGAUACUCAGUGUGGAAAAACUGCGUUGUUACAUGUAUUUGCAAAGGACUGCUACCCCGAGAAUUAUGUUGCUACCGUCUUUGAAAACUACACUGCAAGUUUUGAAAUUGAAAAACAGAGGAUUGAGCUGAACAUGUGGGAUACCUCAGGUUCAGCAUAUUAUGACAACGUUCGCCCACUGGCUUAUCCGGACUCGGAUGCUGUUCUAAUCUGUUUUGAUGUCAGCCGUCCAGAGACCCUUGACAGUGUACUUAAGAAGUGGCAGAGUGAGACCCAAGAGUUCUGUCCCAAUGCCAAGGUGGUUUUGGUCGGGUGCAAACUGGACAUGAGAACAGACCUGAGCACUCUGCUGGAGCUCUCCAAACAAAGGCUAAUCCCAGUCACUCAUGAACAGGGAAGCACGUUGGCGAGACAGAUCGGGGCGGUUGCUUACAUGGAAUGCUCCUCCAAAGUUUCUGAGAACAGUGUUCGGGAUGUCUUCCAUGUAACAACGCUGGCUUCAGUCAACAAGAUGCACAAACACUUAAAGCGCAGCAACUCUAAGCGAGGACUGAAGAGGGUGUCCCAAAUGCCGGGCCGGACAGAUUUGUUGGAAAAUACAGAAAUGAGGAAGGACCGUGCCAAAAGCUGCUCUCUAAUGUGAAGGAACAGUGAGCUGUAAAUGAUCUGUAUUUAUUAUUUGUUUUUCAGCCAAACUGACAUAAAGGAAGAAAAGAAGAAAGGUUGUUGGUUGAGCCU